AUGGAUAAUUCAUGUGAAUCUAAUGUUCCAUCAGUAAUACAUCUAUGCACGGGAAAUGAACUAGCUUUAAACCAUCUAUCAUCGUCUUACGAAAAUUCAGUUUUAGAAUUUAUCAAUGAAUCAGAUAAACAGAAAUUCAUUGUAGACUGUUAUGUAAACGAUGAUACUUCAAAAAUGAAAUUUGAGAUAUCCGAUUUACCAACUAGAUCAGGAAAAUUAAAUGUUGAUAACGAUAAUGAUAACGAUGAUCAUAGGGAAGAGUGGAAUAACCAGUGUGAUUUUUUUCUAUCAGUACUUGGUUAUGCAGUUGACUUAGCAAAUGUUUGGCGAUUUCCAUAUGUAUGCUUUACUAAUGGUGGCGGUGCUUUCCUAAUUCCCUACUUUAUUGUGAUGAUUUGCAGUGCAACACCAAUGUUCUACUUGGAAUUGAUUUUAGGCCAAAAACAUCGUCGUGGAGCUAUUUCUCUUUGGGAUAUAUGUCCUAUGUUUCGAGGUGUUGGUAUUGCUCAAGUAAUCAUAUCCUAUAUAGUUGCAUUCUAUUAUAAUACAAUAUCUGCAUGGUCACUAUACUUUUUAUUUGUAUCCAUUACGGAUAUUCUACCAUGGACCUAUUGUGAUCAACGAAGGGGUAAUAGUAUUAAUUGCGUGAAUUUUACGUAUUUACAAAACUUAUCUAAUUUUAUUUCCAAUGACGAAAAUGAUUUAUUACAACAGAAAAAUUAUAGUCUUGCUUCAAUUGAAUAUUUUGAACGUGUUGUUUUGAAAUUACAGCAAAGUACUGGUUUAGAAGAUCUUGGACCAAUUAGAUGGCAAUUAGUAGGAUGUACUAUAUUCAUAUUUAGUAUACUAUUUGCAUCAAUGAGGAAUGGAGUGAAAACAUCGGGCAAGGUUGUGUAUGUGACUGCAUUACUUCCAUAUUUAUUGUUGAGUAUACUUUUAAUUAAUGGAUUGACGCUGAAUGGUUCCUAUAAUGGAAUUUGGUACUUUAUUAAACCGCGCUUUGAUAAAUUAUCAGAAAUGACGGUUUGGGCGAAUGCAGCUAUUCAAAUAUUUUUUUCAACUGGAGCAGGAUUCGGUGCACAUAUCGCUUAUGCAACGUAUAAUCCUAGACGGUACAAUUGUUACAGAGAUUGUUUGAUCACUUCAUUUGUGAAUGCUUCUACAAGUUUAUUUGCUGGCGUUACUGUAUUCGCUUAUCUUGGUUAUUUGGCUCAUCUUACUCAUACUACAGUACAAACUGUAACAGGAGAAGGUCCAGGAUUGGUAUUUCAAGUUUAUCCAUUAGCUAUUGGAACUUUACCUUUCGCACCAUUAUGGGCAACAAUAUUCUUUCUGUUACUUAUAAUGCUCGGAUUAGACAGUGGAGAUCUAAAGUCAAAUAAUUGCCUCGAAAAUCUGCUCGUGAUCUCAAUAAAAGUUCAACAGUUUCCACAACCGAAUGCUGAAAUUUAUAUUAGUAUAUUUGUAUUUGUUACAAAUAUUUACUUUUAUGAUUAAG